AACCCUGUGUGACAGCUUGGAGCUCGAUGGUCACUGCGCUCGAAAGGGAAAGGAAACAGCUAGCUAGCUAUUUCUCCAUUCCAAAAUCCACACUGGUACCUCGAAGGAUCCAGCUUUUUUCCUAGCUAGCCAACGAGCAAACGCAAAUCGAAUAUUUCUAUCAUUUUGCGCUCUUGGAUUACGUUUCAUAUAGCUUUUCAUCUUUUAAACGAAUUAUCUCCGUUUGUUUAAAUUCGAAGGAAAAUAUUGAUUUGGCCUGAUUGAAAAAGCAAGUGCAAAGUUGUACGCUAGCUAAAUGUGAGCGAAUUUGCUAAGUGGCUUCCGUUACUGCAAGUGAAACGUUGUUUUGGAGUAUCGUAGUCGUUCUUCCAUCCUUGCCAGCAUAUACUAGUACUGUCGCUUGAUUCAUCGAGUAGCUACAGACUAGCUCGCUAGUUAGCUAUCUUACGUUUACGUGCUCGCGCCGUUAGCCUGUUAGCUAAAUACCUUGCGUAUUCAGUUUGGAAGUCGAUUCAAGCGAGGCCUUGCCAUCGUUACUACUCCCUACCAACACCAACACCAGUUUUUGCAUUGCCGUGCAGCGAUAGUUGACAGCUAACUUGGUGACAAAGAGACUUCUCCCUGAGGAGCCAAGAAGUAGACGGCUCAUGACUUCUGACCAGGAUACAAAAGUUGUAGCUGAACCACAGGUGCAGCAAGUACAAGAAGCAAAAGAGAGCUCCCAUUUGGAAUCCAACAAGGUUUCUGACCUAAACCCCAAUGCGAAAGCAUGGGCCAGCCACAUGCUUAACCUGGACACCACUGGGCCUGCAGACACCACCCCAUCUCUCCAGCCAUGGAAGGGAGGCUGUGAUGGCUCUGCUGACCCCGGCCCAGAAGGCUAUGAAGCGAGUGAAGACAAGGUGGACGAGGAGCCCCUACUAGCCCAGCCAGAUGAGCCUCCUCCAGUCCCAGUGAUGCUGGCUGAGCCUGCCCAGAUGGCAGCCGUCACGCUGGAGGGAUCUGACCCGACGUACCCCGAGUACCCAGAGGCUGGUCAAGACUCCACCCACACAGUGGUGGAGCCCCAGCAGGAGAACCCCCAGGAGGACCUGAGGGAGCACCUGAAGAAGACUCUAGAGUUCUGUCUCUCCCGGGAGAAUCUGGCCAGCGACAUGUACCUUAUCUCUCAGAUGGACAGCGACCAGUACGUGCCAAUCAUGACAGUAGCCAACCUCGACCAUGUCAAGAAGCUCAGCACGGACAUGGACCUCAUUGUGGACAUCUUGCGAUCGCUGCCCUUGGUCCAGGUGGAUGAGAAGGGGGAGAAAGUGCGGCCCAACCAGAACCGCUGCAUCGUCAUCCUCAGAGAGGUCUCAGAGAGCACCCCCAUCGAGGAGGUCGAGGCUCUUUUCAAAGGCGAUAACUUGCCCAAAUUUGUCAAUUGUGAAUUUGCUUACAACGACAACUGGUUCAUCACUUUCGAAUCGGAAGCAGAUGCACAGCAGGCAUAUCAGUAUCUUCGUGAAGAAGUGAAGACCUUCCAAGGGAAGCCUAUUAAGGCACGCAUAAAGGCAAAGGCAAUCGCCAUCAACACUUUCAUGCCAAAGAAUGGCUACCGACCGGUGGAGGUGAACCCAUAUGCCCAGCAGCAGCAGCAGCAGCAGCAGCAGCAGCAGCAGCAGCAGCAGCAGCAGCAGCAGCAACGCUACACCUCCUACUACAUCCCACCGGUGUACAGUCCUCAGCAGCAGUUCCCCCUCUACAGCCUCAUCACCCCCCAGGCCUGGUCAGCCACACACAGCUUCAUCGACCCCGCUCUGGUUACGCCAUUUCACAACACCCAAUUCAUCAACGGAUUUACAUCCCACGGUUUUAAACCAGCUACAUCUCCACUUACAGUCAGGCACUACUCUCCCAGGAACAGGAAUCACAGUAAACCUCACCUGAGGCCCCCCCUCCCCACGGCUGACCGCGGCACCGGGCUCCUGGACAGCCCCGCCAUCUUCAACUUCCCCAGCGACCGCAUCAUCAACGGGGUGCGCAGCCCCCAGACGCGGCUGGCCCCGGGCCAGCCCCGGACCAGGUUACCCUCCACCGUGGCCUUCCCACGGAGGGAUGUGGGCACGGGCCGCGUGGCCGAGCCCAUCACCACCGACUACUCCCUCAGCAUGGGGCGUGGAAGGAAAAAUAUUUCUGGUUAUAGGAAAAAGAGGGACGACAAGUUUACAAGAGUGGCCCCCCAGUCGCCCCCUCCUCAGAAGCCCCCGUCACCGAGCUUUGAGCUGGGGCUCUCCAGCUUCCCCCCGCUGCCCGGAGCGGCUGGACACCUCAAGACGGAUGAUGCCUUCGACAACAGACUGGCCAGCAUGGUUGUAGGAACCACCAAGGAAUGGAAUGUAAGCGUUGACGCCAGUGCUGCGAGCCCCCUCCCAUCUGGAGGUCCCAAGGAGGCCCUGCGGACGGUCAUAUCCCCCCUGCCCACCAGCUUCCAGCCUGCCCCGGCCCCUGCCUCGGUGGCCAGCCCUCUCACUGGCCCUGCCUCUACACACCCGACAGAGGAGGCGAAGCUUCCGGAGGUGAAGCAGAAGGAGGUGCUGGUGUCUGUGGAGCGGGUCACAGCCACCUUGUCCACUGCUAGCAAAUCUGUUCAAGUCAACGGGGCUGCUACAGUGAGUCAAGCUUUACUAGCCAGCAAAGAGCUACGGAAGCCCUCCUACGCAGAGAUCUGCCAGCGGAUCAAAGACGGCCCCACACUACAGCCUCCAAAGGAGGCCAAGCCAGCCAGCGCUCCCCCCGCCAGCGACGAGAGGAAGUGCCCUGAUGCCACCCCGGGAGACAGGGGGGAGCCCAAGGGCAGAGAGACAUACCCCUCCAAGGCCGCUGGCACUGCCACUCCUGGACGAGCCCCCCGGGAGGUCAGGAGACCGACGGGCCGAUGGUCCUCGCCACCCCCCCACGCAGGGAAGGCCCCCAGCAAAGAUCUCAACACCCCCCCUAAGUCCCCGCAGUAGGAGCCACUGCAUUGAAGUAUUUGAAAACAACAAAACCGUGAGGAGAAAAGAAGAAAAUGUCAGGGCUAUUCAGUACUUAUCCCCAAAUCACCCGUCACAGCGUAGAGGACGCCUUUCUGGUUCAGGGCUUGCAGACAAAAGCACUUUAGUGUGCACGUAGAGCACUGUUCAUCCUUUUGACGUUUUAUUUAUUUUGUUUGGGUUUUUAAUUUGAUUUUGACUUCUUUUUCUUUCUUUUCUUCCACAAUGUUAGCAUUACUUGGUGUCAAUCUGUAAUCUUACUGUUGUAGAGAGGACUGGGAUUGGUGUGUAUGUCCAAACUGCCUUCCAGGAUAGUAUCGUGAAAGUAGAGUGCUGAUUGCAGAAGGCUGUCCUGUGGAGGGGGAGGAUGGUGGGGGCAGGCAGGCAGGCUGUCCUGUGGGGUGUAACCGUUUUCCGUUGUAUGUCAGGCUUAGGUUCCUGUGAUGUGAUCUGAGUGCAGGAUGAAAUCUGCCACACAUACACGAUGAGUUUUUACAUAUUUGCGUUCGUAUGCAACGACUCCCAUCUCUAUUUACAGACUUAUUUGUAAUCAACUUACAACGUACCGUUUUGUGUGAUAAUUGGGAGUAACUUUACACUAGAUGUUUUUGCCAACAUGGAACUCUUUUCAUCUCAUUAGAACAACAGCAUAUUAAGUUAGGGUUUGUUUUGGAUACUGGUUUGAUAGUCGGUACUAGUAACUACUACAUUUGGUUGUUAAAUGCUGGUGGUUUCGAGAGCGCCUUAGCAUUCUUCUAUCUGAUCACUGAUAUGGUAAAGAAUCAUAUUGUCUUUAGUCCCAGCAGUACCCCUCCCCCCUCCCCCGGUAUCUGAAAAGCACAUGGCUAGUUGGGCCUUGUAACAAGGUGUGUGACCAGGGUCAGAGGAAGUGUGCAUCUGUUCAGGUCUCAGAGCUAACCGUCAUCACCGUGUCAGUGGGAAUCUCUACACCUCCAUCCUUACGUCUUCUCAUUUGUGGAGAAGAAAAGCAUUGAAAUGGCUAGAUUUGCAGGCACAUGGACAGUGGGGGUAAUAUAAGGAGUGGAGGUAUGGCAGGGGGCAGUGAUUUGAUUCAAACAGUGGGAUGUUUGGUAUAAUCCCUUAGAUAUGGUGCUUGAAGUUGAUCCUGGAUUUUCAGAUAAUCAGGUACUGUACUCGGCAUAGAAAUACUUGAUGAAGACGAGCUAAAAAAUUUGCACUAUUUAGUUUUGUUUCUGGGUUUGAUAGCGAAAUUCAUAGUUUACCUACAGAGGCAAAAAGGGAACUUGGGAGUUAAUUCUCCAGAACAUGAAUAGGUUAGACUGCAUCUUGUUAAAUUUCAGCUCUACCACAAAACUCAACCCCCCUAAAGGAUUUCAACAGUAACUUGCACAGUAUUAAACAUGGUGAAAGAUAAUACCCCAUGUGAACAUUUCAAAUGUUAACUGUGUGUAUUUACUGCUAAGUUCACAAGUCAGCAAGAACUUGUUUCAUGCAGCUGAGACAUGCGUACUAAAGCGCAGGAAUUGGUGUAGUAGUUCCAGUAUGAUUGUCUCUCUCCAUCCACUCAGUUUUGCGCUCGAGUCCCACUUUGUAAUGGCAUCUUUUUGUGUUUUUAUUUCAUUCACUUUAAUGUUUUUUUUCUUCUUCAUUUGAUGACUGGUGAGCCCAAUCCACUGAUAGGGCAGCUCCGAGGCUGUAACAUACUAUUCAGUAUUAGAUUAUGUAAGGUUCCAAUCUUUAAUAUGUUUCAUGAAGUGGAACAGGUAAAAGAAAAAAGAAAAGAAAAAAAGAUAACAUACGAAGGCAGCCAAUGACAACACUGUUUGAAAUGGGUUCAGCUUCAGACUCACUUUAAUCUGUGAGCUUCAGCGUUGGCAGAAGAGGUGGAUAGUGAACUACACCUUGAGCAGGAUGGUGAACUACACCUUGAGCAGGAUAGUGAACUACACCUUGAGCAGGAUAGUGAACUACACCUUGAGCAGGAUAGUGAACUACACCUUGAGCAGGAUAGUGACCUACACCUUGAGCAGGAUUGUGAACUACACCUUGAGCAGGAUGGUGAACUACACCUUGAGCAGGAUAGUGACCUACACCUUGAGCAGGAUAGUGACCUACACCUUGAGCACGAUAGUGACCUACACCUUGAGCUGUCCCUCUGUGAAUCAGACAAGCUCAGCAGUAUUCAGCUUUGAUAGAUAUCAGGCAGGCGACACCACCUUAUUUGGUCAUGUUCUAACUCAGCUCAAUUCGAAAUUGGCCCAGUUUAUGAUAUGGCUUUUGUUGCUUCCUCUUACAAGUAUGUUUUGUCUUUUCAGCAUGGUUUCUACUGUAUGUAGAUUUCUCCUGGCACUCCUCAUAACCCUGUGCUUUUAUAUUGACCACUGUACUCUGCCUAAAUGCAGGAAGUGAGAGAAUGAUUCCAAACUGUGUAGAUGUGUCUCCUAGACGUCUUCCUGCAACAAGGAGCACCUUGUGCCACUAUUUAAAAAGAUGACCUGGCGAGGGUGGAACAUGCUUCAGAGAAUGUCCUGUACUAAUAGUGAUUGCUGCUUUUCUGAUUUGGACGCUUGUUUUGAGUUCCAAAAAUAUUAAUAAGAGUGAGUUUGAUUCUCAAUUCUGAAGGACUGAGAUGCACUGGGAUGGGCAGUCUUAAAAAUUCAUUUUUUUGGGGAAGGGGAAAUGGCCGUGAUGCACCAUAUCUGCUUAUUUAUAAACCAAUGCUGUUUAUUCCAUUAGAUAUCGAUAACAAGCUUCUUUCUAAGAAGAGAAAAUAUAUACAUGAUUAUAUAUAAAAAUGUAUGAUUUCCAUCCAGUGUUUGAAAACUUGAAUUUUAUUUAAACUUGAAAAAUGACUUUGCCUUAACUUUUAUACGAGACGGCGUAGAGUUGAUUUCUUUUCAAACCCCAAAAUGUUACUAAGGGUGACACAUGGAAAUAUUUAGUCAUACCAAACGUCACAAGUCUUACUUGGUCUUAAGAAAGUACAAAUCUAGCAGCAUUUUUUUUCUUUUAUUUGUUGUUGUAAAAUGUACGGAAAUAAUCUAAUUUGAUAGUCCUUGUUCUUUGUUUCUAUUUUCAGUUUGUUUUGGGGAAAAUAUAAAUCCUGUAAAUGCAAAAUAGUCAAUACUGUAUUAAAUAUGUGCACUUUGAAGUGUGUGCUUGGCUUGUACAGUUGUAAAUAAUCAGAAAAAUAUAAGAGGUACCUUAAAAUGAUAUAAAAAAUAUAUUGAUCUUGUUGAAAUAUUAAUGUCGCUAUUGAGCUGGAUGUAGGAUAAACUAAAUGUUGUGGUUUGGAUUAUUUCUUUUUACUUUUUGUUCCAGUGUGCAGAAAUUGAGUCUGCCACACUGAUGUUGGCAGAUGGGUCUGAUUGUAACUUUUUAAAUGUCAUGCUCCAUUCCAUUCUUCUUGUGUUGUGUUCACCUGGUGUGCAGGUGUGUUACUAUUGUCCUGCCCCCCCUCACUGUGCACAAUGAGAAAAGGGGAAGACCUGGGGUACAUACGGAAAUGACGGUCCACCAGAAAACCUGUUGUCCGUCUUUGCUGUGCUUAAGCAAUCUGAGGUGAUAACCAUGUAGGAUUUGAAAGUGGAGUAUGGUAAAAGCACAUUUUAAGCACAGGUACAUCUCAAUCUUUCACACUCAGAAGCAGUGAAACAAAAAAAGAACUGGCCACAUAUUGUACCAGACACAACCUUUCAUCUUUGACGCAAAAGUGAUUCAAUUUUUUUACAUUGUUGACAUUUUCUUUCUUUUCCUUCUUUUGUGUGUGGAUAUUUUGUUAUAGUUUUCAUUUGAGAUUUUGCUUUUCAGAAUGUGUGUCAGAUUUUGUAGCCCCCAGAACUUAUUAAUGUACAAACAUUUUAUUUGGUAGGCUUAUUAGUGUUUAGAUUCAAAUCAUAUAGUUUAGGUCAUUUUACACUUAUCCUUUCAGAGUUUUCUGGCACAUAACUGAAUAACAAGCCGUGUAUUGUCUGUUUAUCUUUCAAUCACAUUUGGACUGCAUUUAAUGUGGCAAAGAAAACCAUUGUCUGUGCCAUUUAUAAUAAUUAUUUUUGUUCAACCUGGCAGUUUAACUUGUACAUAGUUGAAAACUUGCCAUUAUAUUUUGAUAAUUGAUUUCUUACUGAUGACGUGUAGCUGGACAAAGACUAUAUCGCUAUAUACAUAAACUGGGAUUCAACCUGAUACCACUGACUAGACGCUGAAUGACUCAGCAAUCUGCAUCUAGUGCAUCUGUUUUGGCUGAGCGGAGGCAUGUCCGACUAACUGGAGCCGGUGUUCAUUAGUUCUAGGCCCAACACAAAUGCAGAUGUCAUUGCAGAAAGGUUAUCUAUGAAUGUGCUAUCAAGCUUAGCUUUGCGUGUGAGCGUGUGUGUGUGUGUGUGUGUGGGUCUGCGUGUAUGUGUGUAUGUAAGUAGUGAGUACCAUCUGGAGUGAGGGGGGUCAGUCAAGUAAAACACAAAGUUAUUAACGGUUGAAAGAAACAUGGGUGGGUUGGCCAGAUGUACAGAAGGUGUGAGUGUAAUGAGAAAUGAUGUUUGCAUUGUAAUGUUCUUGGGGGGGGUUGUCUCCAGACGAGAUGGCCCGGCUCAGCAAAGACUCACAUUUGAACUCCUCUGGUUUUGCAAGCACUAAAAGCCCUGUUGUAAUGUUUGGGCUGUUCUGUUACUGUACACCAAGCGUCAUAUCAGGCUGUCUUUCUCCCCACCCAGUUGGCCUCCGCUUCGUCUCACCGGUUUGACAGUGCCAUGUAUUUUUUGCGGUUGCAGCUUGUCGUAAAUUUACCCCUUUUUUUUCGUCCGAGCAACGACGUGUGUUUAAAAUGCACCAACUGACUGGAAGCGAGGCGAAUCUGUUGUCUCACUAUCAAACUCACUGUGGUCAAUUAACUCAUUUUUACUCUUUCCAUGUUACGCAAACGGCAGUGGACAAUCGAUGACUUUCGGGUGAGAGGAAGCUAACAGCAGUUGGCAAAAGGGUUGAGGAAACUAAGGUUACUCUGAGAGGGCUUUUGAUUUUUUGUCUUACCUAUUCUUCCAUUUAAGACUGGAAUCAAGCGUACAUGUCAACUAUUGAUAAUUUAAGUUACUCGUGUCAUGAUGUAAACUGUCUAAUUUGGAGAAAAAAAUGUAGCUUACUGGAAAUAAAGAUUUAGGCACUGUUGAGAA